UUAGAACAAGACGAACGCGCAUCGAUCGAACUGCUCCGAUCGUCGCCACUACCGCGUUAUUGAGUGUGUUGACACAGUUGUUGUUGCAAAUAAUCAAUGGUUUUGUUUCGGACCGUCGUUAAAAUUGCUCCACGGACCACGGAGCCUAGAUCGGAUACGAGUGCAAGUAAUGUGUGAUUAAUUGUAUGUUAAUUAAGUGGACCGCUGCUACUGUAACCUGGUUAAAUGGAAAUUCUGUCGGAUGCAUUGAUCGAAGAUUUGUCGAAACCUUCAUUCGAGUGCAGAUUUGUGUUAAACUUGAUAGAAGUGAAUGUAAUGCAGUGUUGUGCAGAUUGAUAACUAGUACAUUAAUUUGAUGUGAAUGUAAUGUGAAUGUAUAUAUUAGGAAAUCGACAUGGAUAAUCAGACUUGUAUAUAACAUAGAACGAGAAAACUCUUUUUCCAACAUUGUAUCAACAUUAUUCUGAUAUCAGUUGAUCAAGAACAUUCAAGGUUGGAAUCCCGCCUUCGGGUGAUGACCGCGAAGAAGCAUGUUUGGCUAGGUUAGUAUGACAUCAUGCUCAUUCUGUGAGGUUGAAAAAAUGCAAUACGAUUGUUGAAUUUCAUUAGUUCUUCACCAAGUCCAUUGGUCAGGUAAUAUGUGAAAAUGGGAAUGUCGUCAAACGACUUUACAUGUUCAGAUUAGUGUAAGAAUGAUGCCAUUGUUUGAACGGUGAAUGCUUUUCAGUUGACACUAUAAAAUAGUUGUAUUCUCCUGCUAGUAAAAUUGUCGCACUUUAAAACGAAAUAAAUAGUUGUGAUCGUAAAACCUGACUGAGUGUGAACUAGCUUCAUCUGUUGCUCAAAAGUGCACAUUGAAUCCAGAAAAUCCGUGUUGUGGAGCGAUCAACCGUAAUUAUCAACAGUCAUCUCCAGUACAGAUUUGCACGUGCAAAUGGGGAACAAAUUGAGUGCUUGCUGUGAUAGCCUAGAGGCUAAAGGAUGCGGUAUCCGUUGUAGUUGCUGUGGAUGUAGCCUGACAAGACUUCGGAAACCAAUUGCAACGGGUUAUAAUAAUGGUCGACCGUUCGAGAGAAGAAAUCCUUUCGAUAAGCCAAUGAUGGAAAUGAGGAGUUUAGAUGAAAUCGACUCCCCCUCGGCCGAUGUUCUCACCAUCAAAUCGGUAGAUUUGUGCGUGCAAGAGAACGGGAAACUUCAUCAUACGAAACGGUUUGAGCUGAUGAACAGGGACGAACAAACGGGACCACUGCCCCGUCUGGUGGUACGCAGGGGUCAAACGUUCCGCCUACGAUUGCAUUGCGAUCGACCCUACGAUCGGAGUCGUGAUGCCAUGAGUUUGAUAUUCACCGUGGAUGACGAAGACCGACCAUCUCAUGGGCACGGAACGUUGGUGGCAAUUGCUCUGCAGCAGUAUCGGUAUCAGAUCGACGAUCCGCUAGAAUGGGGAGCGGCAAUUGAUUUUGUGAAUGGUGAUUUGUUGGAAAUCCUGGUGAAACCCGCUGUCACGGCUUCGGUUACCAAGUGGAAACUGGAUAUCGAUACAAAGUUGUUAAGUGAAGGAUUCGGGAAAAGUUUCUCUCUACCUCAACCUUUUUAUUUACUAUUCAAUCCAUGGUGUAGAGAUGACCAAGUGUAUAUAGAAGAUAAGGCUCAACGGGAUGAAUAUGUCAUGAACGACACCACUCUCAUUUGGAGAGGAUCCUACAAUCGGCUGCGGCCGUCAGUGUGGAAAUUUGGGCAAUUCGAAAAACACAUUCUAGACUGUUCCCUGCUGCUGGUCGCAAAAGUAGGAAAGGUGAGUGCAGUUCAUCGUGGCGAUCCAAUUCGGGUUAGUCGUGCCAUUUCUGCCGCUGUGAAUUCUCCGGAAGACGACGGCGCCUUGUUGGGUAAUUGGAGCGGAGAUUUUUCCGGUGGCACCGCUCCGACUAAGUGGGUUGGGUCGGUGGAAAUCUUACAACAAUACUACAAAAAGCAAAAACCGGUCAAGUACGGGCAGUGUUGGGUGUUUGCUGGGGCCAUUUCUACAAUUGCCAGAGCCAUCGGUAUUCCUUCGCGAAUCGUAACCAACUAUUCGUCUGCUCACGAUACGCAAGCUUCGCUGACCGUUGACUAUUUUGUGGACCAAAAUGGUAAGGUAAUGGAGGAAUUGAACUCGGAUUCAAUCUGGAACUAUCACGUGUGGAAUGAAGUUUGGAUGCAACGGCCAGAUCUGGGUAUAAGCUCCGAUGGAGAUUAUGGUGGAUGGCAGGCCAUCGAUGCGACUCCACAAGAGAUGUCUGAUGGAAUGUUCCGAUGUGGACCUGCUUCGGUUCUUGCGGUUAAACUCGGAGAGGUAUCCAAGCCGUACGACAAUAAUUUCUUGUUUGCGGAGGUCAAUGCUGAUAAGGUGUUCUGGAGAUACACUGGUCCUGCUCAUCCACUGAAAUUAAUUCGGAAAGAUAUUUACGGCAUUGGGCUGUUUAUCAGUACUAAAGCUGUUGGAAAGUGGGAACGUGAAGACAUCACCAGUAGCUACAAGUUCGACGAAAAAACUCAACAAGAACGUGACACCAUGUUGAAAGCGUUGAAGCAGUCCAACAGUGCAUUUAGUAGAUACUAUUUGAACGAAGAUUUUAAUGAGGUUUAUUUCAAUUUUGAACUAAGAGAUGACAUCAAAAUCGGAGAAUCUUUCUCAGUUAUCGUGCAAAUUAAGAACCGAUCUUCGGAAACGAUCCACACGAUAAAUGGCUAUUUAAACGUAGAAACAGUUCUCUACACAGGAAAGUCUCGGGAAAUGGUUAAGACCGAACCAUUCACUAUUAGUUUGAAGCCAAAUUCGGAAGAGUUCAUCAGAAUGGUGGUUACGUUUGACGAGUACUACAAGAAACUGCUCGAACAAGCUGCCUUCAAUAUCUCCUGUAUGGCAACUGUGAACAAUACAGACUACGAAUUUUUCGCCCAGGAUGAUUUCCGCGUUCGUAAGCCAGAUAUCAAAAUUAAGCUUGCCGAAACUCCUGUCUCACAGAGUCCUGUAGAGGUGACGCUUUCGCUGCAGAAUCCACUGCCAAUUCCUCUCAGAAAGGGUAUUUUCCACGUUGAAGGAUCAGGAAUUGAAAAGCCACUGAUUUUCAAGCAUUCUGAAAUUGCGGUUAGCGAGACAGUAAGCAAAACUUUCAGCUUGACACCAAUGUUUGCGGGUCGUGCCACCAUUGUUGCUAAAUUCACCUCUAAGGAAUUGGAUGAUGUAGAUGGAUUUCUAGCGUUUGAGGCUCAACCACGACCGGAAGAUAUUCUGAUGGAAACCAGUAAGAAUGAGAUCAUUGCGCGAACGGACGUGAUUGACUAAUUCUAUCGGAGUACACAUUCUUCGAAAAUUAAUGUGUUCAAACGGUACAUUACCAUAAAUAUUUAUCUAUUUCGUUUGUUGAAA